AUGCUACACUCCGGCGAUUACAAGAUGCAGAAUUUUUUGCACAACACCAGAUUUGUCCACAUGAAAGCUGACGGCAUGGUCGUGGGCUUUGAGGAGGCUGAUAUUGUCGAGCUCUCUGUCACGAACGCAACUCUGGGUCUUGCUACUCUCUUGGAUAGAUUGAGGGACAAGUAUAUUGUUAUCAACGAAGAGACAUGUGAUGUCGUAGGCAGCAACGAGCCCCAGGUGCUCCAGUUUUCCACCGAGGGUGACGGAAAAUAUACAAUCCAUAUCAUGGACGUCAACCAAGUGUGGGUCCUCAAUAGAGACGAAGACUUCACCCCGAUCACUACUGCUCCAGCUCCUCCCCCGAGCGUAAGAGACCACGAAAAGAAGUACUGGAUGUUUGUGAGGGUUCCGUUAUGA